AUGACUUUAAGCGGAACAAGUGAGAAAAAUAAAGUAUGGGAAGAAGAUUAUGAAUUUCACAUCGACUAUACACCACCUAGGACGCAUCCUAUUCCUUAUCCUCCUCCUCCUCAUGAUAAGAAUGAUGAAGUAAGUGAAGAAAGCUCUGAAUUUAACAUUGACUAUACACCACCUAGGACGCAUCCUACUCCGUCUCCUCCUCCUCAAGAUAAGAAAAAUGAAAUAAAUAAUGAAAGUUCUGAAUUUGACAUCGACUAUACACCACCAAGGACACAUCCUACUCCAUCGCCUCCUCCUCAUGAUGAAAAUAAAGAUGUAAGUGAAGAUAGAUCUGAAUUUGAUAUCGACUAUGCACCACCUAGGACGCAUCCUACUCCAUCUCUUCCUCCUCAUGGUGAGAAUGAUGAAGUAAGUGAAGAAAGCUAUGAACUUAGCAUCGAUUAUACACCACCUAGGACACAUCCAACUCCGUCUCCUCCUCCUCAUGGUGAGAAUGAUGAAGUAAGUGAAGAAAGCUAUGCAUUUAACAUUGAUCAUACACCACCAAGGAUACAUCCUAUUUCAUCUCCUCCUCCAAACAAUUAA